CCAAAAAUAAAUUUUAUUUAAGGAAAACAUCUUUUCAAAAAAAGGAGGAUUGGAUUUAAAGACAACAGUGAAGAUAUUGCCCAACAAGCCAAACCAGUUCUUCGUUUCUUUUACCUUCUAUUUAAUUCUUCUUUUUCAAGCCCUAAUCCUCAAGGAAGUAAACAUUUCUGCAAAAUUAUAGGUUUUAGUCAAUUAUCAUUAUCUUUGUUUUGGUUUAUUUCAAGAUUGGUGAAGGUGAACUAUAUUUUGUUUUUCUUUAUAACAUGGAACUAUUAGCCGCUUUUGUAUUUGAUAUCCUUUUCUAGAUUUGUCUGAAAAAAAAGAGUUAAGGAAAGUUUGUAAAGAAAUGAUUUGUAAAAUGGAAGGUGAUGCUUCUUCGUGCAGUCUUCUUUGCUUAGAAAAUGAGACUUUUUUGAAAGAAAAAGAAGAGUCAACUGAUGAGAAUUACAUUGCUGAAUAUGAUGAAGAGUGUGUGCAGAUGUUAUUUGAUAGAGAAAUGAGUUUUGGGUUCAAGAAGAGUGAACCUUUGGUGCUUUGUAACUACCUCAAAUAUGCUCGUUCGGAAGCUAUAACGUGGAUUCUGAAAACAAGAGCAGCAUUUGGAUUUCGUUGCCAAACAGCUUAUUUGUCAAUGAUUUACUUCGAUCGAUUCCUUUCGAUAAAGUCUAUUGCUGUAAGCUCACUUCUCUUUCACAUUUUCAAAGCUCGUGAUUCCAUAAUAUGUAGUUUUUGUUAUUGUUUUAUCUGGGUUUUUAUUUUCAGAGUGAAAAGUCAUGGGCAAUACAAUUAUUGUCAAUUGCAUGUCUCUCAUUAGCUGCAAAGAUGGAGGAGAUAAAUGUUCCUCCACUCUCAUUGUUUCAGACUGAAGAAUUCAACUUCGAGAGUAAAACAAUUCAGAGAAUGGAGCUUUUGGUAUUAAAUACAUUGGAAUGGAGACUGAGUUCAGCCACUCCAUUUGCUUUUCUUAAUUUCUUCAUCAAAAAGAUGUGUAAAAUAUCUCCACGGGAUCAUUUUAUUUCGAUUA